AUGGCUAAACUAGUAACUAACGACCUCGAGCAAUUCGUGCGUACAUCGGGAAUCACGAACCCCGUCUGGAUACACGGGGACCCUUUCUCUAAAAGGCCCCAAUUCAACCCACUGUCUAAGGAUAUUGAAACAGAUGUAUGCAUAAUUGGUGCCGGUAUAGCCGGCAUCUCCAUUGCGUACGAGCUUAUUACUCGCGGCAGAGAAGUUGUCCUCGUAGAAGCUCGAGAUGUACUUUCCGGAGAAACCGGCCGGACAAGCGGGCACCUAUCCAAUGCGUUAGAUGACAUGUACCCGGAGAUCGCCAAAAAGCACGGCAAAGAUGGGGCGAAAGCUGCUGCCGAAAGCCACACUUGGGCGUUAAACCGAGUCGGUGAAAUUGCCAAGGAGUUAGGUAUUGAUUGUGAAUACCGUCACUUGCCUGGGUACCGUGUAUCGCAGUACCAGAAGGGUACUGAGGAACACAAGAAGGACAUGGAUACGAUUAAGGAAGAUGUUGAAAUGGCGAAGAAACUCGGGAUUGACGCCACAUUCGACGAGAAUCUGACUGUCAGGGGCUGGGGUGGCAAACCCGAUCAACGGGGAGGUGCAAUUUUUGCCAAUCAGGCUGCUUUCCAUCCGACAAAGUACUUAAACGGAGUGUUGAAGUGGCUUAAGGAACAGCCCAAGUUCCAAUGCUAUACUUCGACACGGGUCCUAUCCGUAAAGGAGAAAGGUAUUGAAAUGCUCGGUCUAGGCCACAAGUACGUCCAGAUAGAGACAGAGGCCGACAACACGAUAAGCUGCGAACACGCGAUUGAGGCGACAGAUGUACCGCUGCAGAAGCUUAGCGUAAUUGUGCAAAUGGAGUGGGACCGAACAUAUUGUAUCGCGCUGCGUGUGCCUAAGGGCAGUAUCGAUGACAUCUUGCUCUACGAUACAGACGACCCGUAUAAGUAUAUCCGGCUUACCCCCUGUGACGAAAAUGACGACUACAUGAUUGUCGGAGGUGAAGACCAUAAGGUUGGUCAAGAAGACUCUAGAGGACACUUUGAGGCACUAGAGAAAUGGGCACGGGAACGCUUUCCACAAGCCAAGUCCGUCGAGUAUCAGUGGAGUGGGCAGAUCUUCGAGCCGGUAGAUUACAUGGCUUAUAUUGGGAAAAACCAGGGCAAUAACCGCAUUUACGUGGUGACGGGCGAUUCAGGUAACGGGCUGACGCACGGCGUACUAGCCAGCAAGCUGAUCGCAGACGAGAUCGAGGACACACCUAAUACUUGGAGCAGUCUGUACUCUCCGAAGAGGGUCAGCAGCGUUAUCAAAUCAGCCCCAACCAUGAUCCAGAACGAUCUUCAGGCCAACAUGCAAUACAAGCGACUCCUUCAAUCUGACAUACAAGAUAUUGAGGAUCUAAAGCCGGGAUGUGGCGGCGUUCUGAAUCCCACGGCAUCAAAGCCGAUCGCCGUGUACAAGGAUGAGAACGGCAAUAUAACCAAGAUGAGCGCGUUAUGUCCACACAUGGGGGGUGUAGUAUGUUGGAAUAGCGUUGAAAAGUCGUGGGAUUGCCCGGUGCAUGGCAGCCGCUUUGGUGAGAAAGGCUUGUCAAUUCAGGGUCCUGCCAAGGCGAACCUUGGCAAAGCAUAA